AUGGUGUCGUCAGCUUCUUCAUUCACUGGUCUUGGUGGACCAGUCGUUCCGGUUAUUUGUGGGAUGUUAAGUAAAGCAUUUUCCGCUUUUGGGGGUAACAGUCUCAGUAUUGGUGAAGUAGUCGAAAACGAAAUUCGACGAACAUUUUCUGGACACAGCGAUGAAACACUUCUGGAGGAGGCCCAGGACCUCCAUCUCAUGUAUCGGCGUGCAUUUGACUUCCUUAAUCCAGCAAUAGAGAAAAGUCACUUUACUGAGCAUGAUAUAACGAACAUGAAUAUUCAAAUGAAUGUUUUUCAAGGUGGUACGUUUCUUCGUAAGUUUGGGAAACUAAUCAACGAACUGGCAAAAGAACACGAGGAGAACGACCCGAACAAAAAGAUCGAGAAAGCAAAGAAAGCCAUGGAUUUCAUUGAAUUAUAUAUCAAACUAGCAUCACUACGUGAUAUGCUUCUGAUUCAAUUCUAUACAAUCACCAACUCAACAACCCACAGUCAGCACCUGGCCGGAGGACUACAGAGGGUGAUCGAUUCCUUUGAUGAGCAAGACCGAGAAGUUCUCCGUCUAUUCCUCAAACCGACAGAAGAAUACGUCUACAUUGUGUCAUACAUGAGGGAAGAGGAGCAUGAACUUUUAAUGAAAUUCCUUCGGAUGAAAGGGCAUUUGCCAGAAGAGUGCUUGUUAACACACGGAGAGUUUGAACUUUGUUCAGUGAAAUAUCCGAAAUAUCAUGCCAUCCGUCUGAGAAGACAUAGGUCGUUCUUUGGAGACGGGGAUUUGAGGUAUAUUCGUGGUACUAAAGAUAGAGUGGGGCCAGAAUCCUUGUUUUCUUUUGAAAAAGUUCAAGGGCAAGGAAAUUACGUUUACAUUACACAGAAGAGACAUUCUGAUGAAUUUUUAACAAUGACGAAGAGCUCAAACAAGUGGAUAAUGUUCCUAAAACAGCUUCCCGGGCCAGAAAGCGAAUGGAAAGUUAUCCAGAUGGAUAAUGGCAACUAUGUGUUUUCGCCACGUGCUUUCCCAGAUUAUUUCAUGGCAAUGACUAAACUAUUGGAUGGAAGUGCCGCUGGGCUGCUUGGUUGUUCGCGUAUCCGAUGUCAGUGGACACUAAAGACAUCACAUUGA